AUAUAAAAAUAACAUAAUAUACAAUAUUAUAAACUUAAAACGGGUCAGAAUGAGUUGGGCUUGGGCCUUGAAUGUUUAAACCCGAGCCUGACCCAUAUUUUAAAUAAAUCUACUUUUUUUACCUAAACCCAUUUUUCGGACUUAAUAUUUUACUCAAAUCCUCUCAAAUUUUAAGCGGGCAUCCUAGUAAAUGAACUCAAAAAGACAUAGAAUCUGUCGCCCAACAAAAAGCCCAAUAACAUCGCCUAACUUUGAUCAAUGCCCACUCAUUCAUAUCAUCAAUUUCCACCAACUUUCCUCAACCAAUCGCCGCCAACUGACAAAUUAAUCAACACCCAAUCCCGUGUUGGCCAUUCAAUGACCAUCAUCAAACACCCAACAUCGACGACCCUUAGAUUCCUUUCCUCCAUCAACAGCCGUAGAUUUCAAUACCCACGGCGGCGAUUUCUUCUCGUCAACGGUUCCGUUCGAUUCAAACCCAUGGCUACGAAGUUGGAAGAGACGAUGAUAAAGGGUGCCGGCGAAGAUAGCAAAAAGGGAGGUAAAGGGGAAGAACCGGGUAAGGGAAUACAACCGCCGCCUCCACCACCGGAGAAGCCUGAGCCUGGAGAUUGUUGCGGCAGCGGUUGCGUGCGGUGCGUUUGGGAUGUGUAUUAUGAGGAACUUGAGGCUUAUAAUAAGCUUUACAAAUCAGAUUCCAAUGGAUCCAAAUCAAAUUCAUCUUAAUUUCACUUUCUUUUUUUCAAUUUUUUAUUGUUUUUUUUUAAAUUUGCUUUUUUUUUUUCGGUUUAGUGAAUUGUUGUUGUUGUUGUGGUUGUCGGGUUUUGACAACAUAAAAAUUAUUGUUUCUCCACUUCGUCGAAUUAUUUGAUUCAAAUUUUAUCA